AUGGCACCAGCUGAUUCUAAGGACAUUGUGGCAGACAUUCCUGCGGACACAGGCGCGGAGGCUGCUGAGGCUGAGCAUGAGGGAUUUCCGGGUGGUCCGAGCGACCCAUCCGUGUUGACCCAGUAUGCGGAUCACGUUGCUUGCAGCGUAUGGACGAGAGAGGAGUGUCCUGAGUUGAAGUUAUCCUCUCACGGGAGGAAGGUCCAUAGUUUAGGCAGGUCUGUCCUUGCCAUUGAGGGACUCGUUGUUGGGACAGAACUAAGUCCUCUGAUCAUGUGUUCGGUAGACACUGGCGAUCGAGGACUUUUGUCCUCGUUUGUGGAGCGGUGGCACCGAGAAACAUCUAGUUUCCAUCUCCCGGUGGGAGAGCUCACGAUCACGCUAGACGACGUCUCCUCGCUUCUCCAUUUGCCCGUGGUUGGCGACUUGCACGCCUUUCAGCCCUUGCACGUGGACGAUACGCUGAACGAUGCCUCUAUUAGCCACAACCGACAGCUUGGCGGUUACAUCACACUACUGCAGUGUUGGAUUUACGAGCACUUUUCCUUAGUCGCGAACUCAACUAUUGAUCAGGAAUACGACGAGGAUUCCCCGCGUGCGUGUAGUCUCUUGCGCUGGGGGCCUGUUGCUAUUUAUUAUCGACCAGAGAGGGUCGUGCGGCAGUUUGGAUACACGCAGACCAUUCCUGCUCCUCCUGUCGAUUCAUGGGUGUCGUAUGAUGAUAUACACGACAGGUGGAUGCACUACUCGGAUCAUAUCGUUCCAGCAGGUGAGGUGUGCGCUGUGCCAGGUCAGUGUGCUAGUGACUACAUGGACUGGUUCUUUCGCAUCUUGCAUCCUUUCAUGACACCAGGCCACGCAUCAGAUCCUCUACCUGAUGGUCAUGCCCCGCAGCCCCGAGUUGUCCCUCAGGCCCCACAGACGGAUAUCCCUCACGUGCCGGAGCCAGGAGCAUCAUCGACAUCUGUGGAGGAGCCUAGACAUGCAGUGGAAGUUUAUGAUGAGAUUGCUGAGAGGUUGGAGCGCCAUCUGAGUCUAGGGGUGGUCACGCCAGGCUCAUCGACACAUGAGGUGAUCGAAGAAUGCCUCAGGAUGGCUAGGAGUGUGAAACAAGACCAUCUAGUAUAUGUUAGAUCUAGACGUAGGCGGCGCACAGAUCAGGCGUAG